UCCAAUUUUGGAUGAAAAUCUUGUGGUGGCAGUGAUUACUGUACUGCAAGGGAAGUAACACUGCGCGGAGUUUGCCGAGGUUGUUUUUGAAAAAAUGGCCGAGGAGUUCCGAAUGCGCGCGUCCGACCUGACCUUCCCUCGCCUCAUGGAACUAAACUGAUGGUUUGGUAAAUAUACAGUUUUAAAUAGCAGGACUUGACAGAAGUAGCCACUAUAAUGAUGCAUGAUGGUUUGGAUGGCAAACAAUAUGAAGAAGAAACAAAUGCCUUCUCUGUACAUUAUUCAGAAGGGGAAGAUCGUAAGAAACAGAUCAGAUUGGUUCUAGAUAAAUUUCAACAGUCAAGUUCACCCAUUUUUUUAUCAAUUGGAAAUAGCCUGCAAAUUUUCCCAGGUUCGAAGAAAAGUCUUUGUGAAGAAAUUGAAUCAAACUGUAGACGUAUAAUAGAUAUUAGUGAUGUGAAUGAAAACUUUAUUGCAUUUAAGGAUGGUGAAACACUGAAAUAUUUUUAUGCUAUUGAAAAUGACAAUAUAAUAGAUAAGAUAUCAUCUAAAAGAGAAAUAAGAAAGCUGUGUGUAGAUAAUUUGAAGUCUAUGAAUUGUAAACAUUUUAGGAGAAAGGCUGCAUUGCAAACUAAACAACCUAGAAGCGCCUCCAGUAGUCAACAAUUGCACGGUUUGAAUAAAAAAAUGUGUUUUGGAGUACCACCAGCAAGAGAGUAUCUCGAAACACAGGUGUCAUGCUCUGUAGAAAAACAGCCUGAGAAACAGCCAAUUGAAUUAGAUAAAAAUAAACGGCCAAUUGAAUUAGAUCAAAAUGACUCUGUAAUCUUGCCCAAUCCUGAAAAAAGAGUUAAAGCGCAUAGCAAUGAUAAAAGAAGCUCAGAUCUUGAUAAAUUUGGGGAAAAUUUGCAAUCAGAUGUGGUUAUUGAAAAUCAACAAUUUAAUGAACGUGAGAACAGUGAUUGUCCUGUUGAUGAAAAAGUAAGAAAUGAUACCCAGAUAAAUAACUGUCUUUUGGUUGAAAGGAAGAAAAACGAAAAUGAAAACACUGACUGUAGAGAACAUGAUAAAGUAAGAAAGAAUGGUGAUACCACAGUGGAUAGCAGUAAACCUUCUGCAAGAAAACAAGACAAGGUUUUAUUGAACAGAAAUGAAACCAGUCCUUCUCCACACAAGUUGAAGGAAAGGAGUGUUUCUUUAUCCAAAACACCAAAAAGAAGUCCAAUAUUCAAAACAUCGACACACUUUAAGCCUAAAAAGAAAAAGAAAAAAAUUGUCACCAACAAAGUCAAUGAAAAGCAUGGUGCAUUUGUAAAAGAAUUCAAGAGGGCCCUUCGAGAAACUACAAAUUUACCAAAUACUUCGUCUUACAAAAAUGAUUUAUGGGUGUAUCCGAUAGGCAGAAGAAAUCGAAGGCCUCCUGGCAAUUUUUCCAGGCAACGACAGCAGUUGCAACAACAGGUGCAACAACAACAGCAACAACAACAGCAAGAACAACAACAACUGGCAUCAUCUCAGCAGGGUGAGGAACAGCCGAGAUAUCCCAUACAGUGCACAGAGGGGUCAGAAAUACAGGACAGGGAAUCUAGAAACUAUGACAUUGUCACCUCAACAAGGCCUGUGUUUUCCGAACAGGACUCGGCAACGGCCACAAACGCCCCUCUCCCUGUAACCCCAACCCUAAAUAUUCCGUACGCCCAGGAGAGGGCCCUUCUGGAUCGGGUCCAGGGACAGGGCCAGCACGGUACAGCAACAGGAGGGGGCAGAACAACGCCCAGGCACCCCCAGUACCAGGACCAAACGGCAAGACAGAGGUCAUUUACUAACUGGCCUGCAUCAACACAUCAGGCACCUGCACGUAUGAUCGUGUUUGGAUUCUUUUAUACAGGCCGAGAGGACCUUGUUCGAUGUUAUCAUUGUGGUAUUGGUCUGAAGUACUUCAGUGAUGGGGACGAGCCGUUGUUUGAACACAUUAAACAUUCUCCUAACUGUCUGUUCCUGAGAGAGUUGUUAGGAGAACAGCUUCUCAACACAUACAGGGAAAAUCUUGCAGAGGCUCAGAGGAACAAUGAAACAGCCAGAUCACAAGGGAGCGAGCCUCGCCCAGCUCAGCAGCCCACAAGAAGAGUACGGCACCCUGGAAUGACCACUCUGGCCCAGCGGUUGGGUACGUUUAAUGAAUGGCCGCAGUCCACCGGUCAGCAACCAGAAGCACUUGCAAAUGCUGGCCUUUUCUUCACAGGCAUCAAUGACCUGUGUCGGUGUUUCACAUGUGACGGGGGCCUGCAACGUUGGGAUGGAGAGGACGACCCGUGGCUCGAACACGCCCGCUGGUUCCCCCACUGCAGCUAUGUGCGCGAGAUAAAGGGGCAGGACUACAUAGACAUGGUGCAAGCUGCAGCCCAACGGGCACAGCUCGAGGAAGAGGAGUCUGUUGUUGUUCGUGGCCUGACCAACCUGGACUUCCAGAACACUGACCCCAUUGAGACCGAAGCUGCCAAGGCUGUGCUGGAUAUGGGCUACUCGAGGGCGGCAGUCCGUCUGGCAAUCCAUGAGUUCAACGGGCGCAAUCCCAGCCAGAGAACACUGAGGUUCACAGCAGAUGAGCUCGUCCAAAUACUAGUUGGCAGACAGGAGAGGGGAGAGCCGAUACCAGAUGAUGAUAAUGACCCAGAAGAGAAAGGUCAGUCUCCCAUGACCUUCACAUUAGUAAUGUUUAAAUAUUCUUGUGCGUCUGCUGGUGGUGCACAGAACCUCCCAUCUGACCCUAUGGAAGAGAAUAAACGUCUGAAGGGGAUCCUGAAGUGCAUCGACUGUAAAGAAAAUGACUGUAAUAUUCUGUUAUUGCCAUGCACACACCAUCGUUUGUGCGAGCCGUGCGCAGAAAAGGUCACCAAUUGUCCGGUGUGCCAGAGAAGGGUCGAGGAGAGAGUGAGAACGUACAUGGCCUAAUAAUUUAACUUCUUAUGCAACAGUAGGGCUUAACCUAGCCAGAUAAGACUGGCAUUGAUAUUUAUUUUAGUGUUGUUUGCACGAUUUUUGUAAAGUGUCAACCAUCAUCUUUACACUUUCAUUUCCAAUUACUAAGCUAUAGCAGUUUAGUAAUAAUGUUUCGAUAGAGAAUACCCAAUUGACUAGUCAAUCAAAACUGAUGAAACAAUUUGAAAAAAAAAUGGCAGUAUAAUCCUUGAAUUUAGAAACGCAAUAUCACUAAACCUAUAUAGUAUUAAUCAUCAAUGAUAAAUAUUUAUAAUGCCUAUUCUAUCUGCCAGCGCAAUAGCCUGAUUAGUCCGGGUUCCAAGUCCUCAUUUUUGAGAAAAAAGUGUCAGGUAUGUUAUACAAAUUAUUUUUAUAUGUUGUGUUAGGAGAAUGUCUAUUUCCAUAAUCUACAGACUUUUACAUACAAUUUGAUGCCAAAAUAUUUUGUAUAGCAAAGGGGUGCAGUAAAUUUCCUUAUUUUUCACAUUUUUCUGCCUUGGAACCCAGACUAGAUAUAAUUAGGGAUGCAGCUUACGGAAGGAGCUGGUUUGGUAUAAGUAGACAUGGGGAUGAAUUCUGUUUCUUCAUGUAGGAGUUCAAUUUCCAUUCCAUCUCCUAAAGUUCCCCCUUUUAAACAAUCAUGUAGAAUAUAUGGACAGAGAUUUCGACUAUGCUAGAGAACUGAAAAACAGUAGGUAUUAUAUUUUAGGAAAUAUAUUUUCAAAAAAAUAUUGUCUUGAAUUUUGUGAAGUUCCAGAAUAAAUGUUACUAUAUGUAUCAGGGUUAAGUCUAACUCCCCUAUAGAGUAUAGGGCCAUCUUAGCAAAGCUUGUUUUGUGCAAUCACUUUUUUGAAUCACUAUUCCGAAGAAGUUACACAUUUUUUUUAAAAGUUGAUACCUCUAUUUGUUAAGCAAAGAUUGUUGGAUUUUGCAAGCAAAAAAUAAUUUUAUUUUGUGAUAUGAACUUAAUAUUAAACUGAAAAUCGUGAUCUUUCGAUAAAUGGUUACACACUAGUUUAAAAGAUGGUUCCUAUGUAAUCAACUUUUAGUCUGGGGCACAACCAACACUUUUCUGAAAUGUAACACCAAAUUUUUUUCUACUUAUUUAUAUAAAGCUUUCCCUAAGUUUAUUUGACAUACAUUGUUUUCGUACUGUUCAAAUUAAACUUAGCACUCGAUAUUUUCCUUUUCUACAUGUUUUGUUUGAAGGGGUCUUCUGUUGCAUAAGAAUGAAGAUCUCUGUGCUCGAAGAAGUCAUUUUAGUACAGCGCAGGGUAGUACAGCUGAUGCUGUACCGGGGAAGAGGUAAUUUACCACAUGCUGGUUUAAACCUAGCCUGUAUGCCAAAAAAAUAAUCUCAUUUGAUAUUAAGACAUUCAUGAGUGUUAUAAUAUUAAUAUGAUGCACGUAUCAUGCAAAAUUUAAAAUACAGUUUACAAAUUGUAUAAAAAAAAAGUUCAAAAAAACAAAAACAAAUACAGGUUAAUUAGGAAUCAGUAUAAUUAUGGGGAUUUGCCAGUUGAUACCAACAAGUUAUAUAAGUAACAUGAUGUUUGGUACCUCUUGCCAUAUACCCCACAGUUAUAAGUGUGGUAAAAUUGCCAUGAAGGCCAUGUUGUUUUUGUUCUCUCUCAACCACUUUGUGUAUUAUGUAUUUUGCUAUUCACCUGUACAAUAUAUUGUCAUUGUUUUAAAAUGGAAUUUCACUUAGUUGCUUUAAUUGUUGUUUUGUCCCAUUUCGUUUGAAAUUGACAGCAUAUUAUAUAUAAUAUGCAUUGCCUGAACAUUUUUGUUCAAAUUCAAAAGACAUGUAGCGGAUAUUAUAACUCCAGCAUGUACUGGUAUAAACAGAUACAGCAAGCUGUUUUGAUGUCCCGAGUUAUAAUAAGGAAAAAUCCGGCAAACUUUUUACAACAUGGUGAGAUACAAUAAGACCAAAACCAUACUUGAUGAUCAAAAUAAUUGGAAUGGUUAUUUUGAUCAAUUAUCAAUAUCAUAAUCUGAUAUUCAUGAGUAAUAGAAAACAACAUUUAGUCUAUCAGAAAUAUCACUUUGCUUUGAAAAUAACACUAUGAUUUUGCUACUUAAGCGAUAAUCAAGUCUCGACUGUCACUGAUCUAGGGAGCAAACGAUCAAUUUUUGACAACACUAUCAUCGUUUCAUUUUUAGUUACAAUAUCAAUUGACCUUUGGUAUUAUUUGUUGUAUUUUAAAUCUGCACUCUUACACAUUGAACGUUUUUAUAUCUUUUUAAAUUUGUGUCGAAGAAAGAAUCAAUUUUUGCGAAAAUCCAUGGAAACCAGUUAUAUAAGACUUCUGACAAAAAAUCAGAUCACAGAUUUUUAUAUUGCAGUUCAAAAUUUGAUGUUUUAUACAUUUUUCUUAAACCUUUAUUAACGGUUUAAGCCAUUAAACAUUAAUUUUUGCGAACGGGAAUAUGAAAAUCUACAAUCAAUUUUUUGUCAGCAAUCUUAUAUCAUUGGUUUGCAGAUAUUUACGCAAAUAUUUGCUCUUUUCAAGACAAAAAAUAAAGAAGUUGUUAAAUUGGUCAGUCUGUGAGAGUGCAGCUUUAAUACUGACUAGUGACAUGUUUAUAAUUUGAUAAGUCUCCCGGUUUGUGUAUAGUAUUAUGUACCUACUUCAUAUUCAGUGGUCAAAAAUAGCAGAAGCCGGAAAGCCCGACUGUUUACAUGUAUGUCAGGCUUGUUCAUUAUCCAUUAGAGCAAGCCCGGUGGACUUUUAGACUUGGCAAACUUGUUUAUUUUCUGUCAGGCCCCAUUUUACCAAAUGUUCAUAUAGAUCAUCUAGAUGCUUGAAACUGAUCGUAGUCCUUGCAGUUCCAUCCGAACAGUAAUGAUUGAAUAUAAGCUAUAGAGUGACGGUAAUUGGGGAAAAAACGGAUGUUUCUCGACUUUUGUUCCAGAUCACAUAUAAAUCUUAUCGUAUAAACCGGCAACAGUAAAGUAAUAUUUCUUAAAAUUCUGUUGAUCUGAAUACGUCUUUUGUCUACAAACAAACAUGUUUUCAUUGAAAUAUAUGUCAGGUGCAAAACCAGGCUUUCUUUGUGGUGUUUUUUUGCACAUCUCAGAGUUUCAGAUUUUGAACUUGUUCAUUAACGGGCUUUAAAUAUCAAGAUUACAAGCCCAAAGGGCGUGCUGUUCAAAGUACAAAUUUAGAUGACUGCAUUUUGUAAUUAUGUAUGAAAAUAAUGAUAUGAACAUUUUAAUGUACGAUUAAAAAUGUAUGGUUUUAUAUAUCUGUAUGUUAUUGUUGAACAUAAGAUUCAUGAAAAUUCUCAUGAAUUCAUCAGUAUAUAAAAAUGUUAUGGGUUGGAUUUUAAAGAGAAAAUAUAUGUUCAGUAUAUUCAUCAUUAUGUAAUGGGUUAGAUUUUGAAGAGAAAAUAGUGUACAAAAUGCAUCAUUAUGUAAUGGGUUAGAUUUCGAAGAGAAAACAUGUAUAAAAUGCAUCAUUAUUAAAUGGGUUAGAUUUGAAGAGAAAACUUGUACAAAAUGCAUCAUUAUGUAAUGGGUUAGAUUUGAAGAGAAAACUUGUACAAAAUGCAUCAUUAUGUAAUGGGUUAGAUUUGAAGAGAAAACUUGUACAAAAUGCAUCAUUAUGUAAUGGGUUAGAUUUGAAGAGAAAACUUGUACAAAAUGCAUCAUUAUGUAAUGGGUUAGAUUUGAAGAGAAAACUUGUACAAAACGCAUCAUUAUGUAAUGGGUUAGAUUUGAAGAGAAAACUUGUACAAAACGCAUCAUUAUGUAAUGGGUUAGAUUUGAAGAGAAAACUUGUACAAAACGCAUCAUUAUGUAAUGGGUUAGAUUUGAAGAGAAAACUUGUACAAAAUGUAUCAUUAUGUAAUGGGUUAGAUUUGAAGUGAAAACUUGUACAAAAUGCAUCAUUAUGUAAUGGGUUAGAUUUGAAGAGAAAACUUGUACAAAAUGCAUCAUUAUGUAAUGGGUUAGAUUUGAAGAGAAAACUUGUACAAAAUGCAUCAUUAUGUAAUGGGUUAGAUUUGAAGAGAAAACUUGUACAAAAUGCAUCAUUAUGUAAUGGGUUAGAUUUGAAGUGAAAACUUGUACAAAAUGCAUCAUUAUGUAAUGGGUUAGAUUUUAAAGAGAAAACAUUGUGUACAAAAUGCAUCAUUAUGUGGGUUAGAUUUUGAAGAUUUGGUAAUGGUUGAGAGUGUAAGAAUACCUGUUUGAAUGUGAGUUGCUUUAGAUUUUGUAAUGGUUGAGAGUUUGAAUUUAUGUAUGUUUGUGUGUUGGUUUAGAUUUUGUUAUGAUUGACAGUUUGAAUUUAUGUAUGUUUGUGUGUUGGUUUAGAUUUUGUAAUGAUUGACAGUUUGAAUUUACGUAUGUUUGUGUGUUGGUUUAGAUUUUGUAAUGAUUGACAGUUUGAAUUUAUGUAUGUUUGUGUGUUGGUUUAGAUUUUGUAAUGAUUGACAGUUUGAAUUUAUGUAUGUUUGUGUGUUGGUUUAGAAUUUGUAAUGGUUGAGAGUGUAAGAAUUUAGGUAUGUUUGUGUGUUGGUUUAGAUUUUGUAAUGGUUGACAGUUUAACAGAAAUUGUAAUGAUUGACAUUGAAACUAUUAUUAAACAAAAAAACAUAAAAAUAUUUUCCAUUUCAUGUUUUGCUUUUUAUGAAAUAAUAUAUUGGUAUAUCACUUGUAAUAAAAGCCUUGUAUGUAACAACUAAAACAUUUUUUAUAUAUAUUUACAAUAAUGUUAUUAUAAGCAAAAACAUUACAAUGUACUUAGACUGUAGAAACUUUUCAAAACACAAUUUCUUAUCAUACUUGGAUGCUAUGAAUGGAAAUAAAUUGGUGUUAUAUAUGCCUGAAA